UUUGGCACAAUAAUUAUAAAGUCGUUAACGGUGUAAAAAGCGGAAAACCGAUACUCAAAGACGUCCAAGAAAGAUUAGGAUAUGCUAUCUGCGCGGGAGACAGGAGGAAGAGGGAGAAGCCUGGCACCCUUAUGUUUUUAAAAUAGUUAUACAUAAGUUAGAACUCCUCAAGUCUUCACGUGGAAGUUUGUCAUGAUGUAAAUCACUUAUAUAAGGUUUUAAACCGGCCUUUCUUCAAGUAAAUGUGUCACGUUGCUGGGUCUGUUUGUUUUGAGCCCACAGUCUGACAAGAGGUUUGUAAUGCUUUACUGACUCUCAUCAUUUAACCCUGUAAGCAUGACAUGCAUGAAAAUAAUUUGAUUUAGAUAAUAAAGGUGUCAACCCUGGAUGUAAAGAGCUCUAGGGAACUAUUCAACAUGCCUAUGCCGGUAAGUUUUCGAGCCACGUUAUGUAAUGUCAACAAAAUGGGUUGUGCAGGCUUCAAUCGAUGAAACUCCUAUCUCCCACUCGCCGAAAAUAUAUUGGUUUGAAUGGAGAGUCAUUCGUAGGUCAUAAAGACUCGUUGCAGUGCUUGAUUGCCAAGACAUUCAAAGAGUGCAGUGCUUGAUUGCCAAGACAUUCAAAGAUCAACUAAAGAAAAGCCAGAGGUAGAAAAACAAAAAACCAGAAAACACGGUUAUGGUUGCCUGAAAAACUUAUAGAAGUGCACUGAUGUAAACUGACAGGUCAGGUUCACCACAAGCGGAAGAUGACCGUGUAACUCAGCCGCUUCGGUAAGUACGAAUGUAUGAAUAACAAUUGAAUAAAAUCUGUGUAUAGAACAACGUUUAUGACGUUCAGUUCUGACACGUGGCAGGAUAUAAGGGUGUCCCCUUUUCCCAGGAAGCAGUUCAUGAAGGGGAUGACUACUAUCAGUAGUUAUCUUAACCCAUAUUGGCCUAUCUUUGAUUUUAAUUACGUCAGUAAGUCAUCAGAAAAGGAGUGGGAAAACCGUGUUUAGCGCGAAAAAAGCAAACUAGGUGCUCAGAAUCCAGGAUUUGUUUAUGCGCUUUGUAAUCGAGGAAAAACUGAGUAUGUUAACAUUUCCAGCCCGUCUACACUGCUGAAAAUGCAAAAGAUAAUUUGAGCUACUCCUACGCCUCGUGGCAGUAAACUUUAUUUCGUAUUGUUUAAGAAAAGUUUCGGGUUAUUGCUCGUUUGUUCUGUAAUUAGCUUCUUUUCCUGAAAUGGUAAUAUUUCCACAUUCGUAGACGGCAACGUCCGGUUUUUUCUUUGUGCUCUUUCGAAAAGGCGACUAAGUAAUUGUUUGAAAUGUUUGCGCGAAGACUUAAGGGAUUAUAUCGUACAAGGAGACCAUGUGUGAAAAGUCUCUUGUCGCCAGGGGGGUCGACAGGUCCACGCAAUGUAAAUGUUGUUCAGUAUAAUCCAGACCACUGUCAACAGAGUGUUUCUGCAUUUCAUUUUCAAUUAGUAAUCCACUCCCAAUCAGCCAGUGGUACUCUUUAUUCUAAAUAUGUCGGCCUAUUGUUUCAUCGUUGAAUUAUUUGCCACAGAUCUGGGUCAGUACACACCACUUUUAUGCAUUAUCACACAUGAAGAAUUAAUAACUUUUCGUCCGUUUGGCGAUUAAAAAAAAAUAAUACUUCUUUUUGUUUUUUGCUAUUAUUUUCGGUUUUAAACAGUAUUUCUGAAUUUACAACUUGAGCUUGAGUGGCAUCUUACACGCUUGAAAAUCUUGCUCUCUUGACAUUGUUAGUGAUAUCCCGCACGUGGUAGCCUCGUUUCCGCAAGGUUCGUGGUGAACUGGUUUGGACCUCAGCUUCCAGGCCUGCAUAUGGCGGCGAUAGCGGCUUUGUCAAUGCUCUAGUGUAGCAAGCUUUUGGUGUAAUUUUUGCUCGAAGAAUGCCACGGAAGGUUGGUGUUGUAAAUUAAAUAGUGUCGUAGAGUGGCAGAUGUAUUUUAUGUGCGAAAGGUGUAAUUUCAAUGUUUUGAUUUCAUCGUGUGGCGUGUGAAACUUGGCGCUACUUUCUUUAUUUUUUCACUGUUUGUUUGUCUCUUUCCUUCUUUAACUAGUGUUGAUAAUUUGGAAGCGAAUAAAACAUCACUCUGUUCUUGAAUUUCCAGAGGAAGUCAGCUGUAUUGAAAGAACCAAAAGUUUUGACAGAGACUGAAAUACAGGAGGAGCAACAGAAAGAGAACUCGGUAAAUGAACAAGGGAAUGAAAAACUCUCCACUGAAACAACAAAUAAACAAGUUCCUGAUCCCUCUUCCCCUGAAAUUGUUGAGGAGGCCUUUACUGCAGAAAGAUUAUUUGAGUAUCAAUGGCCUCCUGACAGAUCAGGAGAGUAUUAUCUUCUGCAGCAUCAAGUGUGUCAGUUUCUAGAAACAGAAGAUCUUGAAGAAAGAAAUACAGGUGAGAGAUUUUGGCUAUUUAUGUGUUAAGAAUAAUUAGCUAAAGCAACUGAGUAUGAAAAACUGUUUCUCCAUUAUUCCAGUCAACUUUAUUCUUAGUACAAGGCAUAAGGCAUUUCCAGGGACUUACUAGACAUGCCCAAAUAUUUCAAAGGACACUGAAAAAAUUCCUGAAAACUUAUGGAAGAGCUCUGAUGCAACCUGGUAUCCAAUGCUCUUCUCUCUGACAUUAGAGGUCUCAAUAAAAGAAAACUCCAUUACUAAGACUUUUUUAUAAACAGUGUAGCUUAGUUUACUUAGUGUCGCAUACAUGUAGGACUACAUUGGAGCAAGUUAUUUUGGUAGGGCUGAUAAGGAUAGAGCUGCUUCUGUUUUUCUUUUUUUUUUUUUUUUUUUUUUUUUCAAUUUACCAAUUUCUAUUUCCAAGGACUCAGACUGCGUUCUGUUUGUGGUAUCUGCUUUAAAGAUUAUUUUGUGAAUUUUUCUCAGAUUUAGAGAGGCACGUUGUAGUGGAUGAUGAAAAACUGUAUCUUAAAGAGCAGGGAGUCAUCACUGAUGAAACACAAGGUACAUCUAUCACUUGUUAGAAUUAUCCCUGAACUCCCAAGAUCAGAUGUUAAUUCUCCCCUCCAGCUGCUACAAAAGUUCCGUGUAAACUAGUUAUGAGAAUUUGGUGUUAGACCAAGGCAACAACUUCUACCAGAUAAACUUGAGUUUUCUCAUAACCUGUUUGCUUAGUCUUGUAUGGAUAUUAGUGGGAGAGGUUACUGGUUAAUCACUUUUUGGAGUGAAAGGGUUAAACGGAAAAUUAUAAUUUGCCCUCUAUUAACUUCUUGAGAACUGUACAGUUGUAUUUAGUGCCUUUGAACCUGUCAAUGAUCCAAGAAAUUGCAUUAAUUUUUCUACACUACCUUAUACCACUAACACCCUUGUCCUCAUCUGCUUCUAUAUUUCAGAAUUAACAGCUUAUAAGACUGAGGAUGUUUGUCAAAUAAUGAUAGAUAGUUUUCCCAAAAAAUAUAAGGUAAAUGACUUUAAACCUUUUAUACCCUGAUAUUAGUAUGUGUUUUCUCCUUACUGCUCUCUGUGCAUUUGAUAUGGUGUUGAUAAAGAGAAUUUUUCUGACAAUUAUGAGCUUCUUUAUUUUGUGAUUAUUUCCUUCAUUCUCGUGACCUAAAUAUGUGAUUCAGGGGUGAUAUUGAAAGAAGAAAUUAGAUGCUAGUCACUCUUAGGGUUCAAAGAGUUAACAGUGUCAACAACAAACUGAUAAUGAUAUGAAUGGGUUUGUAUGAACACAUUUUCAAAAAAUUUUGUGACCAAAUUUCUUAUUAACAAAAAUUUUUACAGGAAUAUAUUAGGGUGGCUCAUGUUAAGGAACGUCAAAGGAUAAUUCGAAAAGCAGAAGAAGAAAAGGUAAAUGGUUUUAAAGGAAAGUAAAUACAUGUACAUUGGUUCACUGAUUGAUGAUCCAACAGACUCUAAUUUUAGAGCAAGAAAAUCUUUUUAGAUUGAACUCUAUCAUAUUUUGUGUGGCAUCCAGGCAAACAAAGAUAAUAAUACUUAACUACCAUAACAAUUAUAACAAAAGUAAAUUGUUGUAAACAAUAAGCUAAUAUACAAGCUACCAUGCAAUAAUUUCCUCUUCAACAUAUUUCUUGAUAUUGAAGUUUCAGUGUUCAAUUGCAAAAAUUUCUCUACACUGAAUACAGUUUAGUUUAACAUAAAUAGUUUAUUCAGUUAUAUUGUUCUUAACCCUUUAACUCCCAGAUCAAAUUUGUAACUCUCCUUACUGUCAACCAUACAAUUCUUACAAUGUUAGUUCAGAGAAUUUAGUAUUGGAUCAACUAGUUAUCUCCAAAUUGAUAUUUUUCUUUAUUCUCAUCACUUAUCUGGUUGAUAUUACAUUGAUAUUGUAAGGAGAAAUUCUGUCUUGGUCACUCAUGGGAAUUAAAGGGUUAAUUACUGACUGCAAAAAACUAGCUAUGAUUACUAUUGGGGGCCAGCUAAUAUGAUAUUGAUAAUUUGAAAACUGAAUUAAAAAUAGUGGAAAAAAGACUUAUAUUUGUUGCACAUUCCAUUACAGAGAUCUUUGGAAACUAGAAAAGUAGCAAACUACAUCAAACGGGCCAUCAAAGAUGUGGCAGAGUUCAAUGCUCAGUUGGCUCAGCAGAGGAGAGAAGAGAGAUGUUCAUACUUUGACAUGCAGACUCAAGUAAGAUCAAAUGUUCUUAGGUCUGUACUCAAACCAGGUUGACCACUCAGCAGAUAUUUUUUCUGGUUUCCCUGCAUGGGAGGCUAGUUCAUCACAAGGCCACCCUCAGCAUUUUCCCAGGCUUCCUUGACGAUUGGUCAGAACCCAUUAAUACUCGCUUCGCUCAAGGGCCAUAAACCCAAGUAGACAAUCUUGGUCUAUAACUUACAGUAUGGACCUUGAACUCAGUUAGUAGAAGGUGUAGAUUUUUAUUUCUGAUUUACAUUUAUUGUACAAAAUGUUUCAUAUCCUACUCUAGAUAAUCCAUGUUCCAGCCAACAAGACAACACGAUUAACAAAGCCUUGCACCAAACCAAGUUUAUACCCAGUUGCUCUUCUUCCAGGACAAUUCCAGGAAUACUAUAAAAGGUAUUAAAUGAAUUUAGCUUUUGCUGCUUUUUGGUCUAGGCAGUAAGAGACCUUUAACGAUAUUGAACAAAAAUGCUAUUAAUCCUUCUCUUUAAACCCUAAAGUGACAAAUACAGCGGUAAAAAACCCCUUUUGUUAAAAAAAAUAUUUCUGUCUGAAGUGGUUAAAUUGUGAAAGACUAAAAACUCUGAUAAGUAAUCUCAAUAAAAUGAAGAUCAUGUUUCUGUAUUGCCAACAUCAUUUUUUCCUAUGUUUCUUAGAAAGUUCAAGACUUGAAAUAAUAUUGCACACUGUAUAUACAUGUACAUGAGCUUGUAACAAAUGUUUGUUGUGCACAUACCAGAUGUUGUCUUUGCUCUUUUUUUUAAAGGCUAGGAACUAUUGCAAUCAUUAUUAAGUUGACAUAUGUUUUUGUGCUUUUCAUUGUUUGUUUCAAGGUACACUUCAGAAGAGCUAAACAACUUUCCACUUGGUACUGUUAUGGAAAUGCCAAAGCCCCCACUGCCUCCAGAACCAUAUGUACCUCCACAGCAAGUAGACUCUGAAGAAUCAGAUGAUAUAUCCUUGCCAGUAGGUUGAAUUCGCAUUUUUUUCUCUAUGCAUUCACUGUUCAAUAGUUUGUUAACCCUUCAACUCCCCAGAUCUUCUUGUUAAUUCUUCCCUCUAGCAGCUAUACAUUUCCUCGUAAUUAGUUAUAAGAACUUGGUGCUAGAUCAAGAUAGCAGCUUCUACCUGAUAAGUUUGAAUAUUCUCAUUACCUGUCACCUGAGUAAUACAUGAAUAUUAUAGGGAGAAGUUUCAUGUUAAUCACCUGUGGGAGUUAAGGGGUUAAACCUUCAACUCCCAAGAUAGAAUUUCUCCUCACAACCACUGGUCUAUCAAGCAGACAAUAGGUGAGAAAAAAAUACCAAUUAGGAAAUUAUUAGUUGAUCCAAUAUUAUAUUCUCCAAAUCAGCCUUAGAAGAACUCCAUGGUAGUCAGUAAGGAGAACUGCUAAUGAGAAUCUUGUAAUGAUAGGGUUAACAGUACUUUAUUUUAGGCCCAUGAAUUACAUAAGUAUCCCAUGAAUAUUUCUGGUGUUCAUGGUUUUCACACAAAAUUGAACUUUGAAAAAUGUUUGCUGUCACACAGGAUUCAACAGCUGAAGAAGGUAGUGAUAGCAGUUCUGAAGAGGAAAUAGAAGAACCACCGGCAAAGAAAAUACCAGGAAAAUACAAAGUUAGUACAAUUUAUAUACAACUUUUGAUAAUGUAUGAAUAGAAAUAUACAGGUGAAAUGAUACAGAUUGUUAUACAUUCAACUCACAAUCUGGUUUCUGACUAGCUGAAAGUGUACAUUGAAUUUCCAAAUUCAGCAUCUAGGAUGUCAUCUAGCUGCAGAUUAUACAAUAGUCAUGUCGAGGACACUAAAGGUCGCAGGUAGUCAGGUCAUGAAUGACCAUGGUGCAUGAUUUCCAAGGGUAAUCUUUUCAAGUUUGUGCGCCUCGUGUUGCUUGCUGAUUUUGAGUUUAGAAAUAAAUGAUCAAUUCCACCUAUUGUUGGGACCAUUUCUUUUUUCAUUUUUUGUAUAAUAAAACAAUUAUUAGAUUCAGUUUUUGUAAUAUCCAGAAUAAUCAAGGUCUUGGUAAGGGUUAUCAGCCUUCAGAUGAUUAUUCUGGAUAUCACAAAAACUUCAUCCAGUAAUUAUUUAAUGUCAUCCCUUGAUUUUGGAUUGGGAGUUUUGGGAGACAGUUGAAAACUUGGGAAAAUCUAACGAGUACUUCCUAUUCAUUAUUUUUUCAAUAUGAAUGUUACAAUGAAAGCGCAUGUAUAAAACUCUACUGUCACCUUGACAUCUUGUUCACAGCCCCCAAAACGUCCCGAUGCACUGUGUGGCAUUUGCUUGAAAGGCCCAGAUUCAAACAAGAAAGGACUGCCAGAGGAACUUAUACACUGCUCACAGUGUGAGAAUAGUGGUAUGUCUGUGCAUGACUGUGUUCUGACUGCUUUGGUUGAUAGGCCAGUUGUUUGCAGAUGUUUUACGAAAAGUUUUCCUAUAGCUUUUCCUGUGAAGUUGUAGCUAUAGCUAUAGAAAUAUAGCUUUAUGAUGAAUAAUUUGCUCUUGAAAAUAUGGAAAACUGUGACCUUUGAUUGCUAAGUGUUAACUCUGCAGGAGAUUUGUUGCAAGAACAAAAUAAGAAUUAUAUCUUUGUUAAUGGUAAUUAUACGAGUGUAAUUUAGCUUGGUUGUGUUUUAGCUGAGAUGAUGUACUCUUAAUUAUGAAUGGAUAUUUAAACUAUCUUGGCUGUACACGUUCACUAUGUUAUCUUCCUUUCUGCAACAUCUAUCAGUCUGUAUUUAAAGAAUAGCCCUGUGAAGGAAUUGUGUAAGUGCAAGACAUGCAGUAAAACUUUGUUAUCACAGGAACACUAAGGACUUUUGUGUUUUGCACAGGACAUCCCACAUGUCUGGACAUGAACACCCAGUUGGUUGUAGUAAUCCAGACAUAUCCAUGGCAAUGCAUGGAAUGUAAAACUUGCAUCGUCUGCCGCGACCCGUUUGAUGAGGUAAAUAAAAUGACAUGAUCGAGUUUAAGCAGUACUUACUGUACACGUACAGAAUGUUUUGAGAUCUGACGAAGGUGCAUCACAUGUCAGAGGUAUGGAGAAGAGAUUAUUGUUAAGGAUUAUUUACUUGUUGCCACAGUAAAUUGUUUGAUAGUCCGGGUGAGGGCAGUUGUCCUGAGAAGAACUGUCGCCGUUAAAAUUGACAGACGUUUCAACAACCAAAACGGAUGUCAUCUUUAGAGUUAAGAGUUUAGGGGUCUGAUUCACGUGACUUUCAUAACAUUUUUCACUCAGGUGGUCAAAACUUCAGUCACUUCUACUGAUAACAGACCUUUUCAUGCCUUUUUAACAUCCGGGCCAUUAGACCACAAGGUCGAAAACAUUUUACCAGCGACGAAUGAGGAAAUUAUCGUUUUAGCGUUAGUCAUUCCCUCUCUUAUGUACAUCUGUAUGAUCCAAACUACUCUUAUGGUUAAUUGAGCUAUACUGCAAACUAGCUCCUCUUCCACUCCCUGUGAUAAACUUUCGAAUUUAAAUUACCUUAAAAGUUUGUCUGGAAACAAACUCAUUUUGAAAAAUGAAAUAUCCCUCUGCCCACACGUUCACUUGCUUGACCGCACGAGUUAUCAACUCGGACGUAAAGUUUAAUUCUAAGGUCUUUGUUGACAGGAUAAGAUGUUAUUCUGUGACGAAUGUGAUCGUGGAUACCACAGUUUCUGUGUGGGACUCAAACAGAUACCAGUAGGUAAGUACUUGUAAGUGUGAUCAUGGGUAAUAGUUUCCAGUUGUGUUUCUUGUAAAUCUUGGUGAAAAUCGGUGUCCAUUGUAUGCGAUCAACACACUGAUUGAAAUGUAGCAAUGAUGUUACAGUUUUACAACCCCACUAAACGCGUUGAAACUUAAAUUUUACCUCGACAAGACCUGCAGGGAAGGACUUCCUGGGGAGGGGAGGAGAGAUGGGGUGAGGGAAGGGGCAAAUAAUGAGGAGGGGAGAGGGGGUAAACACGCACGAUGAAGACGAGGCACCUUUUACCAAAACUAUGAGUCCCAACUGGAAAACUAAACAAGCCUAUAGAGAGAACGAAAGUAGACGCAUUUUGCAAAUAAACGGUGGGUGCCGUUGAUUGUCCACUGUGUUGGUUUCUUUCAUCAGGUCGAUGGACAUGUGAUAAGUGUGGUAUGUGUGCAUCCUGCUUGAGAAGAUCCCCAGGUGAAGGCCCAACCUCCAGAUGGAAACACGAGGUUUAUAUAACUUCUUCUUACAGUUUUACUCCCUUUUACUGCAACCAGCUAAUGAGUGCUUUGACGUGUAUCAGCUAAUUUGGUUUCGUAUGUGCCCCACAGUACACCAAACCACGAGACGGAUCAGAAGUGCAGUUCUUACAAACCUUGUGUUCUGCCUGUUCCAGGUAUAAACGGUUACAUUAUGCUAUUUCUUAAACACUGCGUGCAGUGUCCACGUAUUGUACACGCACAUAAAAAGUACACGCAUUUUACAUGUGUGGACUUGCUGCAAUUCCUGUAGAUACUACGCUAUCAAAGUAAGAAUAAACGUUGGUCGAAUUUUUAGGGGCGAUCGAUUUUUUCCUUGUUUUCAGGUUGUAAAGGAAACGUUGCUUAUAUGCUUUAUGAAUGACUUGCAUGAUGGUGGUCCAUUGUUCUCUCCUAUGUUUACUUCACGUACAUGUUGAUGUUACCUUUUCCAUUGUUCCUCUCACAGGUUGUUCCGCGCAGGAAACUUCUGCCCGGUUUGCUUAAAAGUUUACCGCAAUGACGAGUCUGAUUUGCCCAUGGUGUGUUGUGACAUGUGUGACCGCUGGAUUCACACAGGUUUGACUGAACUGCUUUUUUACCCUUAUUUCAUUUCGAUUUGGAAGACAUUACAGCGCCGAAGCCCAAAUCCAGAAGUUUGGGUUCCAUGUCACAGUGUUGUAUUCUUGAGCAAAACACUUUAUUCUCGUGGUUCCUCGUUUCAAGCCACUUAGGAGUAUAGCUGGGUUCCGGUAAAUUCUGGGCAGUUACUUACGGUGGAAGGAGCAUAAUUGCUAGUUGUUUUAUACUUUGAAAACCAAGGUUAUCUCAGUUAGGAUGGGUUAUGCAAUAUGCAUCUUGUGUGCUGAUUGUUAUUAAUCACUUAAAUCAUACACAGAGCUAGAAAACUUUUAUGUAAGGUUUAUAUACAGGUUUGUGACAAUUCAGUUGGGAAAAGAACUAUUUGAACUUUAGUUCCUCUUACGUCACCUUAGAAAAUGUCCAAAGAACAGUGUGGAGAAUAUGCAUACUGAUGUUGGAUUGUAAAGGGUUCACAUUGCACUUUUAAGAGGAUGAUUUUCACCUUUCAGAUUGUGAUGGUAUCGACGAAAAGGCUUAUGCACAACUCGCCCGGACGAAAAGCAAAUACAGCUGUGUCCUGUGCCGUGGAGAGAAGCAAGAAAGAAUGGAUUCUUUUCACAGAAAGAACAGGAGCAAAGCUUCAUGAAACUUAUACAGAUUUUAUUUUUCUAUUUAUGACUUACUUUUUAACUUAUUUUUGUGUCCUCUUGUUUGUGCUGAAUUUCUUUUUUUAGGGAACUGGGGCUGGUUAUACACAGGUUCAGCCAGGUUGUCACUCUAUGAGGGAUUGUAUCCAAAAUUUCUGUAGCAUGGAACGAAUUCGCUUUUGUUCGGGGCUGAGUGGCUUUCCGUGUGGGGUAGUGUACCUCUCCUAGCACGAAAGGGAAGAAGAGAGUGGGGAGAGGGCGCAG